GCUGUUAACAUCUGCCAAACUGAAGAACACUGGAGUUGUAAAGUCUGCAAUAACUGUCACUGUUCCACAGAAUAAUUUGCAGCUUUUAUUGUUAAUGGAAAUGAUAUUCAUUAGUGCAGAGCAGUCUGAGCCUCAAGUUGAAGGAUAGAGCUGUUUAGCUGCAUAUCAAGGAGAUGGAUUUGUUGAAGUAGCACGGGGAAAUUUCACCAUGUCCUCUCUUGCUUUCUCCAUGAGUGAUACGCUGCUGAGUAUGCGAAUCCCUGAGAAUGUUUGUUUUGUUGCUUCCUUUGCAGUUCCUGCGGACCUGACUCCUGAAGAGCGUAUUGAGCUGGAGAACAUCCGCCGUAGGAAACAGGAACUGCUGGUGGAGAUACAGAGGCUUCGGGAUGAGCUGAGUGAGGCCAUGAAUGAGGUGGAAGGCCUUGAGGCCAACGAAGGAAGUAAAACCUUGCAAAGGAAUCGGAAAAUAGGAAUGGGCAGAAAGAAGUUUAAUAUGGAUCCUAAAAAGGGGAUCCUGUACCUUCAGGAGAAUGAUCUGCUAAGAAACACUGCAGAGGAUAUAGCUCGUUUUUUAUACAAAGGGGAAGGCCUGAAUAAGACUGCCAUUGGGGACUAUCUAGGAGAGAGGGAGGACUUGAACAUUUCUGUUCUUCACGCUUUUGUGGACCUUCACGAAUUUACAGACUUAAAUCUUGUGCAAGCUCUCAGGCAGUUCUUGUGGAGUUUUCGUCUACCAGGCGAAGCCCAGAAAAUCGACCGCAUGAUGGAGGCAUUUGCUCAGAGAUAUUGCAUGUGCAAUCCAGGGGUGUUCCAGUCUACAGAUACAUGUUAUGUCUUGUCCUUUGCGGUCAUAAUGCUGAACACUAGUCUUCACAAUCCCAAUGUACGUGACAAGCCCGGUUUUGAACGGUUCAUCUCUAUGAACAGGGGAAUUAAUGAUGGAGGUGACCUACCUGAGGAGCUUCUACGGAACCUCUAUGACAGUAUAAGGAAUGAGCCAUUUAAGAUCCCAGAAGACGAUGGGAAUGACCUCACACACACUUUCUUUAAUCCUGAUAGAGAAGGCUGGCUCCUCAAACUCGGUAAGUCACGCUGCCAUGGUGGGCGCGUGAAAACAUGGAAACGGCGCUGGUUCAUCUUGACUGACAACUGCUUGUACUAUUUUGAAUAUACUACGGAUAAGGAGCCACGAGGGAUCAUACCUCUUGAGAAUCUCAGUAUCCGAGAAGUUGAGGAUCCCAGGAAACCGAACUGCUUUGAGCUGUACAUACCCAACAACAAAGGCCAAUUGAUCAAAGCUUGCAAAACCGAGGCUGAUGGGAGAGUGGUGGAGGGCAACCAUAAUGUCUACAGAAUUUCAGCACCAACCCCAGAAGAGAAAGAAGAGUGGAUCAAAUCUAUAAAAGCGGCCGUGAGCGUGGAUCCCUUCUAUGAAAUGCUGGCUGCCAGGAAAAAACGGAUCUCAGUGAAGAAAAAGCAACAGAUGCAGCAGCAGGAGCAAGAACAGUCUUAAAUGGCAUACUUGACAGUGGAGCAGUUUUGGCUCUUGUGGCCUCCAGCCACUUCUGGGCACUCCUUGUGAAAGAUCAGUGAAGAGCUUGGUAUUCCAUUGACUGCAUAAUGCAAAAACCAGGAGGGCUGAUGCCAUUGGAUGAGGUAUCUUUGUGGCUGGAAGUGAUGCAACCUUCAAGAUUUAACAGUUCGGGUCUCUGUUCAUCAGUGGUAGCCACAGAGUUUUGUGGUCUUGGAACUUCUGCCAUUUCUUCCUGUGUAAAAUAUUUUGGUUAACUAGAACUCUAAGCCACGUUGGCAAGUAGGUUUUGUGAAAACAAAUAAUAAUCUGCAUGUAAGAGCAAUACAACCUAAGCAUUUCAACAGCACAAAAUUUCAAGGACUGGAGCUCCAUACUUUGUAAACAAUAUUCUGUUCUUCCCAAAAAAGACAUUGUAACUGUCAUCACCCAUCAUU